AUGACGACCGUGGGCAACAUCAGCCUCCGGCCCCUCACCUUCCUCCUGACUGGCAUCCCUGGGCUGGAGGCCUCCCAGCACUGGCUCUCCAUCCCUCUCUGCUCCAUGUAUGUCCUGGCUCUGCUGGGGAACGCCUUGCUCCUGGGGGUCAUCAAGCUGGAGCCCAGCCUCCACGAGCCCAUGUACCUCUUCCUGGCUGCCUUGGCCGUCACGGACCUGGUCCUCUCCACCACCACCCUGCCCCAGAUGCUGGCCAUCCUGUGGCUAGGGCCCUGCACAAUCAGCUUCCACGCCUGCCUGGCCCAGAUGUUCCUCAUCCAUGCCUUCUCCUCCAUGGAGUCAGGCAUCCUGGUGGCCAUGGCCCUGGAUCGCUACGUGGCCAUCUGCCUUCCCCUGAGACACUCGGCCAUCUGGCGGACGUCCACUGUGGCCAAGGCGGUGCUGCUGAUCUUCCUCCGGGGUCUGAUCCUCAUCGCUCCCUUUGGCCUGCUCCUCCAGAGGCUGCCUUUCUGCGGCCACAGGGUCAUCCUCCAUGCCUACUGCGAGCACAUGGCGGUGGUUAAGCUGGCGUGCGCAGACACCACUGUGAACAGGAUGUAUGGCCUCUUUGUGGCCCUUUCUGUGGUGGGCAUGGACGUCCUCUCCAUCGCUCUCUCCUACACCCUGAUCCUGCGUGCCGUCUUCCGCCUGCCCUCCACUCAGGAGCGGCUGAAGGCUCUCAGCACCUGUGCUUCCCAUGGCUGCGUGAUCCUCAUCUUCUACAUCCCGGGGCUCUUCUCCUUCCUCACCCACCGCUUUGGCCACAGGGUCCCCCACCAGGUCCACAUCCUCCUGGCCACCCUGUACCUCUUGGUGCCGCCCAUGCUCAACCCCAUCGUGUAUGGGGUGAAAACGAAGCCAAUCCGAAAUUACAUCAUGAAUACAUUAAGGAGAGGUUGGGUUACACCGGAUUAACAUAUGGAGGAGGGAGGGGGGAAUAUGCAGAGCUGGAGAUAUGCGCAGAUAAGCGCUUCCUGAGUGCCGGUGAUGGGAAGACAAUGGUCCAUGUAUGCAUAGUCUGCCACCUGGCAUUGCCCGGAGGAAAGGCUUGGCAGAGUGAUUUGACAGGAUUAGGGUCUUGACACCUUACUUGAGGGAUUAUGGAGGACAGGGGAGGUGUCAUGGAGUCCUAGAGAAAUUGAGCAAAUUGGCACGUUGAUUUUCUAUGGAUUUUCUAGAUUUUAGUCCCUUUUGACAUUGACAAUUGGGAAUAAAUGGAUAUAUUGUAGCGAAGAAGAAGGUGAAGAA